AUGUCUCACGACGCUAACUGCAUCUUCUGCAAGAUCAUCGAUGGAAAGAUUCCGUCGAUGAAGCUGCUCGAGUCGGACAAGAGCUUUGCUUUUGUUGACAUUGGCCCAUGCUCGCCGGGCCAUAGCCUGAUCAUUCCCAAGUACCAUGCUGCCAAGAUGCAUGAGCUGCCUGACGAUAGCUUGCAGGACAUUCUGCCUAUGGCCAAGAAGGUGGCCAUUGCUACGGGUGCAUCGGAAUACAACAUCCUGCAGAACAAUGGCCGCUUGGCUCACCAGGUGGUGGACCAUGUUCACUUCCAUGUCAUCCCUAAGCCGUCGCAGGAUAAGGGCCUGGUUGUCGGCUGGCCCUCUUCGAAUCCGCCCAAGGAAGAGCUCCAGGCCGUACGUACUAUAAUUUCAGGGAAGAACUAA